AUGCUGCUGUGCGCCAUCGUUGUGGGCGCUUCAGCAGCCGCAGCUGCCUGCGACUGCAACGCGCUGACCCCCAAUGACUUUGAGGGUCCCCCGGCCUGUGGCACCGACGGCGUCACCUACGCCUCCGCCUGCCUGGCCCAGUGCCAGGGGGUCAAGACCCGCACCAAGACCGGCCCCUGCCGCGCCGACGACGAGGCCAACUUUGCGUCGCCCGCGGAGACCGCUGCUCUGGACCCUAGCAACCCGCUCUCGGUGCUGCUGCUGUAUGUGUGCGCCAACAAGAAGCCCGUUUCCGCUGCAAAGGCCCGGGCCAGCGAGCCCUUCAAGGGCGAGACGAUCGAGGCUCCUGCAGAUGGAACGACCCCCGCUGCGGCUGGCGGUGCUGUGACGCCGAACUUUGUCAUUGGCACCGACGAUCGCAAGUUCCUGUCUCCCAACAAGUACCCCAAUGACAAGGCCAAAGGCAGCAUGUGGACCACCUCUUGGUGA